GACGGACCCACGAUCAGGAGGAAAGGGUCAGUGAAGCACUUCGACAAGCAGCUGCUGCAUGUGUGCACUGACUACAACCUCAAGUUUGGCAAGAGACACAUUUUUGAACGCUAUAAUUACUCUUGUCUUAUUUCCUGUGGAUGAAUUUGGUUGACAACUGGUUUAGUCGUCGCUGCUACGGAACGUGUUUUUUUUAUUUUAGAUUCUAGAAGUAACGGGCAGCGGAGAACCUCUGCUAGCAGCUAUAACGAGGCUAUAGCAGGCUAGCUAACGCUAGCUAGCGACCUGGCUAGCCGCACACGAGCUGAGGACUGCUCGUCGGUGGGUUGAGGGGAGGGGGGGCGGUUUGCCUACAGUGUCGUUUGAUGGAUCCGAGAAUCGCCUGGUUUCAACCAGAACAACGUGGACCAGCCAACAACCUGUGGAUGCAGAUUUGGGAGACGACACAGGGACUCGGGUACAUGCAUGUAAAUAACAGCUACAGCACUGGAUCUCAGAGCACAGCGAGCCUGAAAGCGAUCGUGAACGGGGCGUCGGGAGCCGUCCUUACCAGCAGAAACGGGGUACUUGACGCAAACACCGGUAUCGGUGAAGCAAGGACUCGGGGAAUGUCGACCUUAAUGGGGGACGCAGAGAUAACGGAACAACGGGACUUUAUACCACUGGAAACCAAUAGCAACCAUAAUAACCGAUCCACGGGCAGGGGCGGUGUCGUCGGAGGGGGGCAGCUGCAGGGCAGCGGGGUCGCUGUGCUGUGGAGGGGGCUGACAGACGGACACCCCAACAAAAGAAAAAGAGACAAUAAAGCCAGCACUUUCGGAUUCAAUUCCAGCCUCUUGAACAGUGGCAGCAGCUUGAAUACAGGAAGCUAUGACGGGUUCACGGGAACGCCAUGGAAAGUAAGGAACUACUCUGAAGGAAUCAUCGGGUUACACGAGGAGGUCAAUGACUUCUACGAGUACAUCUCCCCACGGCCGGAGGAGGAGAAGAUGAGGCUGGAGGUGGUGGACAGAAUAAAGGGAGUCAUCCAUGACCUGUGGCCUAGUGCUGAGGUCCAAGUGUUUGGGAGUUUCAGCACUGGUCUUUAUCUACCAACAAGUGACAUUGACCUGGUAGUGUUUGGGAAGUGGGAGACCCUUCCCCUCUGGACGCUGGAAGAGGCUCUCCGGAAGAGGAAUAUUGCAGAUGAGAACUCUAUCAAAGUUUUGGACAAGGCCACGGUUCCCAUCAUCAAACUGACAGACUCCUUCACUGAGGUCAAAGUGGACAUCAGCUUUAAUGUGAAGAGUGGUGUUAAAGCUGCUCGACUCAUCAAGGAAUUCAAAGAGAAAUAUCCUGUACUGCCUUACCUGGUCCUGGUGCUGAAGCAGUUCCUACUGCAGAGAGACCUCAAUGAGGUUUUUACCGGUGGAAUUGGCUCCUACAGUCUGUUUCUCAUGGCUGUCAGCUUCCUGCAGCUUCACUACAGGGAGGAUGUCUGCAGUCCCAACAUCAACAUCGGUGUCCUCCUCAUUGAAUUCUUUGAGCUCUAUGGUCGCCACUUCAACUACCUGAAAACAGGCAUCAGGAUAAAAGAUGGCGGUUGCUACGUUGCCAAAGAUGAGGUUCAGAAGAACAUGAUGGAUGGUUACAGGCCCUCCAUGCUCUACAUCGAGGACCCUCUGCAGCCAGAUAACGAUGUUGGCCGGAGUUCAUAUGGUGCCAUGCAGGUGAAGCAGGCGUUUGACUAUGCCUAUGUGGUGCUCAGCCACGCCGUGUCCCCAAUCGCCAAGUACUACCCCAAUAAUGAGACAGAGAGCAUACUUGGCCGAAUAAUCCGUAUAACACAGGAGGUGGAUGAAUACAGGGAAUGGAUCAGAAAGAACUGGGGGAGCCCGACUCAGAAUGAUCUGCCACUCAACAGAAACGAUGUCAAACUGUUUGAGUCCCAGCAGCUCGAUGAAUGCAACAACAACGUCCCAGAUGAUGAUGACGACGAUGACGUUGUUGUUCUGCCGUCGGCUCCCCACAGCAAAACCUCAUCCAACUCCUCCUCGCCAUCACCUUCACUGCGCUCCUCUCCCUCCUCCUCCCCGCUGUCGCCUUCUUCCACAUCCUCAGCCUCCAGCUCUAGCGAUGCGGACUCUGAUGGCACACCGUGUAAGACAGCCAAGCAGCAGCCCAGCCGGGGCUCCAGCACCCACAGAGAAAAGUCUGCUGCUGUCAACAAUCACCGAACACAGAGCCUCAAAACCAGCACUCCAUCUGGAAACAACAAGGGAGGAAAGGCCAGGACGCCUCGUUCCCACCAAAAGAGUGGCCACCACGGGCAGCAGAGUGCCUCCUCAAGCACCAAAAGUCACCAGAACAACAAACCACACCACCAGGGCAACAGCAAAAAGAGGAAAAAUGUGCGAGACUCUACACAAGAUGACCUCUGCAGAUAGGGGUGACCUCAACUGUCCCCACCUCUCAUCCCUCUUCCCCUUCCUUGUCUGCAACUGACUGACUGUCCUGUCCACUUCUGCUGCCAGACUCCAGCCUCAGGAGGUUGAUAGAAGUAUUAAAACAUCUGCAGUUUCUGUCUCUCUGUCAAGCCUUUGGGGAUGACAAGCAACAAUUUCUAGCAGAAAAAAAAAGAACAAAAAAAAGAACUGUUAUAGGAAAUGGGUUCUAAUUUCAUGGACCUGAACUGAAAUCACAAAGGAUAAACCCACAUUUGCUUCCCAAGAGCCUCUUUUAUGGAGUGUUUUUUUUUUCAUUUCCACAGCCAGCAACUAUACAUCACGGCUUUUUGCGCCUCCUGCUGUACAGGAGUAGACAUGCUGGGUGCCUGGAAUUUACUUUACAGCAAUACAUGGGACUGCUGGCUGGAAAAUAGGAUCAAAAAUGUUAUCAAAAAAAAGAAGAAAUUGCUUAAAAUGUACAAAAACAAAAAUGUUGAACAACAGAUGAAUAUCUACACAGAUUUCUUUUUUUUUAAAAUGAUAACUUACAAAUGCAAUCAGUAAGAAUGGGACAUAACUUAUGCAUGAGAUUUUUUUCGUUGGUUGAUUUUUCUGUUUGUUUAAUCUGUUUUGUUAAGUCUCAACAGGUUAUACAAAGAUUUGUAAAAAAAAAAAAAAAAAAAAAACACAUAAGCAAAAAAAAAAACAGUUAAAGAAUACAAGUAAGAAGAAAAUGUUUCAUAUUACGUUUUUACAAGAUAUACCGAUUGAAGACAUGUAAACGUGCACAUGUUGUGCCCCCAGCUUUUUGGCCAAAGCUGAGAGCUGGUUUGGGUCUCAUUGCCAACAUAAAUCAUCAGCAUCUACUUUUACUCCUGUUUGCUCUCUGUGAGUGUGCUACAGUGUUAACAGUUAGCCUUUAGUGAGCCAGUGCUCACAUACAGCCCUAUAGAUGUCUGGAAGGAGCCCAAUAGCACAGCCACAGUUUAGACGCUUUAAAGAUUAGAAGUUUUAUAAUAAGGAGGAAUGAUAAUGGUUUUAUUGAGAAAUCCUACACUUGAAAAAAUGUGUUAACAAUACAAACUGUGGGUGAUAAUCUGUUUCUUUGGUAAUUUACCCAGAAUCAUUUGUAUUUGUCAAAUGUAUUUAUUUUUUAUUAAUUAUAUGAAUAUAGUAUGGAUAAAUGUAUGAUUAACAUUAGAGCCCAUAUCUUUGAGUCCUAUAUUUGAAAAAUGAGCGUGGAGGUGUGGUGGGAAGAUACAUUUUCUGGUACAGUAAUUGUUAUCUUUUUUUUUUUUCCAGUAACAGUUGAGUGACCAAGUUACUUUGCAAAGUUUAAGAGACCGUUUCACUCUUCUGAAGAGAGUGAAACUUUUGUUUUAAUAUGUGGCUGGUCUACUUACUUUAAAAGGGAGCUGAUUUUUAUUUUAUUUUAUACAACUAUCCUAGCAACAAACACUUGAUGCCCGUCUGCCCACCCUCUAUUGGUGGAGUACAUCUACUAGCCUGUAGAUGGAGUUAUCGCUCCAAGUCUUCAGUCCCACAGAGUUUGGCCUUGUAUACUGCAUUUGGACGGUUGAAAUUUCUGGGGUUUUUUUGUGAUUGACUGACAUUUCAACUUAAAGACCAGCUGCACACAAAACACCCUUGAGCUGAGUGCUUGUUGGAGGGAUUGAGUCACCAAAGCACACCACAAUCCCUGUUUAUGGUCUCUCUCUGAAAUGCUACAAAAACUGCACACAGUAAAACAAAACAGGAGCCGCAAUAAAAAGAAAAACCACAAUGUAAUAUACCUUUACUCUACUGCACCUACAGAAUGCCAUGCUCUCAGCUGACUAAGUUCAGUCUCCUGUGUUAAGAUAGUAAAGCACAUUUGAUAAGUAAAUGCUUGAACAUACAGCCUACUAGUGUUGAAAGUAUGGUUUCUUGCCCCCCCCCCCAUCUCUUAUUGCUACAGUUGAGGUUUAAAUGCAGUAUAUAAGCGCUGUUCUCGUGGCAGACGAACAAGGAGAAAUGAAGUUAGCCUUGCCAUCUGAAAGUCCACUGAGCAUUUUCCUUCACUGCAGGAAGGCUUCAAACCCACCUGUAUUCAUCUGAAACGUUGUUUCUCUGCAGCUACAAGUCAUGCAAUAAAAACUGUACAAUUUC